AUGUCUCCGCCGGCGGGGAUUAAAACUCGCAUCUGUAUGAUCUCCGACACCCACACCUUCUCUCCGAACCCUCCGCAACAAACCAAUAACCCAUACCGCUACCCUCUCCCCAAAGCCGAUGUCCUCCUCCAUGCGGGCGACCUCACAAAGGUCGGCUACCACAUCGAGCACAAGGAGACGGUGGAGAUGCUCAAAGCCGCCGACGCAGAGCUCAAACUAGUCAUCGCCGGAAACCACGACCUGACACUAGACGAAGACCACUUCACAAGCUUUGGCUACUUCCGACACCGCCGACCCGAACGGCUAGGUGGCCAAGACACAUAUCUGGAGGAUGACGAAAAGCCCCUCAUGCAGAGCAUCCGCUCAAGCAACACUCCUCCACUCGAAGACAUGAAAGCCUAUUGCCAGCUCGCAAAAGACCUCUACACAAACGAAUCUGCCGUGGCAGCGGGGAUAAGAUACCUGGAAGAAGGCACCCACACAUUCACAUUAUCCAGCGGUGCCAAAUUGACCGUCUAUGCCUCGCCUUACCAACCCGAAUUCUGCAACUGGGCCUUCGGCUACAAACGCUCCACAGAUCGAUUCAACCCUGCGUUACCGGGAAGCAAUAAGCCUUCUCCGCAAAACCCUGUCCCGGACUUCCCGGCCGUCGAUAUCAUGCUAACACAUGGCCCACCUGCACACGUCCUCGAUUUUGUCCCGCCAGAAACUCAUGUCGGAUGUAAGCACCUCCUUCGUGCAGCUGAACGCGCCCGGCCACGGGUAUAUUUAUUUGGGCAUAUCCACGAAGGAUGGGGCGCUAUCCGCGGCGAGUGGAAUGCGUUUGCGUCUAAUGGGAUCAAGCAAGAGCCCGUUCAGAGUGAUAUGGAAGAUAUGCUUGAGAAACGGGGUGCAUAUUAUGAUGUUAGUACGGAGAGUCAGCGGCCGUUACGGGUUGGGGAGGAGACGCUUUUUGUUAACGCGAGUAUUUGUACUAUUGGCUAUGAGCCGAGGAAUGCGCCUUGGGUGGUGGAUUUGGAUCUUCCUCUUGCUGGGGAGUAG